UUCUCGUCUGUAUUUCUCCUUCAUGUUUGUAGAAAACUGUUGAUGUUAUACAUGUAUUGUGUUUUUAUGUUUCGUCAAAGGAGGGGUAGACUCCCCUCCCCCAGAUGAGGCAGACCAAGAAAGCUGGAAGAGAGCUGAGAAGGGCAGUUCUUUUCAUCAGAGAAGUCUACAGUGAUUUAUGCAGGUUUCAUGGUAGAAAGUUUGCGACCCUGUUAUUUCAUUUGAAAGAGAACUAUGCAAGAGGCAAAAAAAGUUGUCAUCAGUUUGUUGUUCUUGCAGGACUCAGGGUCUGGCUCCCAAGGGCUUUUGGGGGAAAAGAUGUUACCUUUUCUUUUUACAUGUUUGAAAUCUGUGUUUCAUUGCAAAUUCUAAACUUAAUGUCUUAUGUCUGGGGUUGUCGAUAUGGUGAUGAAAUUGAGUUGAAUUGAUCAUGUAUUUAGAAAGUUUCUUAGGAAGAGAAAUGGACUCAGUUAAUGUUUAUGGAUAGAAAUAGAGCGGAGUGGAUGUGGUUGCUGACAGCUGCUCAGACUUAGUAUUUGAUCACCUCCUUAAGAUCCAAGAUAAGGACAGAAUCCAAGCCUACAAGGAAAAGCAAAGGGGGCAUUGAAAGUUUCAAAGGGAUGGGAAGCUAGUGAGCACAAUGCAAGGCUGGUAGAAAUCAUUUCUUGAGAAUGUGUUUAGAGUGCAGAUAUCCACUUUGAUUUUUGAUUUUUAAAGGCUAUUGGUAUGACACUUCAGACUCUCCAAAAAAGAAUGACAUUUCCCAAAGUUGAAUGAAUCUGUACAAGAUUUCGUUCAAAGGCUGAAUAAUUCCAAAUGAUUCCCACCUCCUCCUCACUUACUUUGGAGAUGAAAAUCACUAUGAUUGUUUUAAGAAAACAGAAAUGGAGAUGACAGGAAAUCAUUUUUCUUUUGGUAAAAGUUAGCAAACCUUUGACUUACACUUUAAAAUAAAUGCACCUACUCCUUUGAUCCUCUGUAUUUGUGUCACCAUGGGACUUGUAUGUCUUAAUAAGAUUUUAGUUAAUAUCAUUUUCACAAAAGACAGCCAUUUGGAAGCCAAGAGCUCUAGCUAUGUUCUGUUCAAAUAGCCAAGUGAUCUACUGUUUUGGUGGUAAUUGCUUCUGCAGCCUUCCUAACGUGGAUCACAUGUGAAAAAUUAUAUAUGCGCUCAUUUCAGAUUUAUAUGGAUUUGUAUGGUAUGUAUUUGUGUUUGAUCUUGUAUUUCCUCUCUUAUCACAUGCCUUUACUUCUUUUGCUCGUUUCAACCAACAGAAUAUUUUUAAAUUUUCUGGAGAAUGAGUUUAGGAUAUUCUUGAAGGAAUACACUUCAUCAGAAAAGAUGCAGAAGGCGAACCUCUUACUGUCCUUGCUUCAAUACUCUUUGUUUGCUUUAAAUAAUUUGGAUUAUAGGCAGUUCUAAAGACAUUUAGAUGUUAUGCAUAUAUGGCUCCAUUUCUCUUGACAUGAUUUAUGUUAUUUGAUAAAUAAUAAUAUAAAUCAAUUGCUGUAGGUGAACGCCUACUUAACAGAACACUUGAUUGAAGUAAGGCAUAUUUAAAGAAACUUCUACAGCUUCAGAAAUUGACUUUGAGCUUCUCAGUGACUUAAUUCCACUACACACUGAUUUCUCUUUUACGGUAUUCAACUCAGACGGAGACAGGUUUGUGUGAGCGGUUAGAUUUGCAAAUUGCUGAUCUCCCAGUGACUUUCCCUCUUAGAUCCCAGCUGAGUAUGGUUACCUUGAGAACUGUGGCAUUAGCCCUGUUAGAGCAUGCUCCACUGGGGAGUUCUCUGCUGUCUAUUUUUAAUGCUAUUUAAUGAAGGAGCAAGCGCCUCACUCCGCAAUAAAAGAAGCAUGAUGGAAGACAGAGCAGUGCAUGGUUUUGGAUACUGGAGAAGGAUAUAUGAAAAGGUUGACGAUGUGUCAAACCGUGUAAGGGAAUCGCAUGGAGAUGGGCAUUCCGAACUGUUAAUGGGGACAUGGGACUCCAGUUGUCUCUGAUCACUUGUGUGGAUUUUCCUGGUGUAGAACGACAGAAGCCGCUAGUAAGUCGCCAAGACCUACGGCAGGAAUUCUGCACGAAAGGGCAUCACACCUUGUUAUUUUAAUUUGCGUCUGGGAGAAUGUCUGAGCCAGGAGACCUGAGUCAGGCAGUAGUGGAGGAGGGCGGGACGGAGCAAGAAUCGGCCACUCCAGAGAACGGGAUUGUGAAAUCGGAGAGUCUGGAUGAAGAGGAGAAGCUGGAACUGCAGAGGCGGCUGGCAGCUCAGAAUCAAGAAAGAAGAAAAUCCAAGUCAGGAGCAGGAAAAGGUAAACUGACUCGCAGUCUUGCUGUCUGUGAAGAAUCCGCCAGACCAGGAGGUGAAAGUCUUCAGGAUCAGGAAUCAAUUCAUUUACAGCUUUCCAGUUUUCCCAGCCUGCAAGAGGAUGAUAAAUCUAGGAAAGAUGACUCAGAAAGAGAAAAAGAAAAGGAUAAAAACAAAGAUAAAACCUCUGAAAAACCCAAGAUCAGAAUGUUAUCAAAAGAUUGCAGCCAAGAGUACACGGAUUCUACUGGCAUAGACUUGCAUGAGUUUCUGAUUAACACUUUAAAGAAUAAUUCCAGGGACAGGAUGAUACUCUUGAAAAUGGAGCAGGAAAUUAUUGAUUUCAUUGGUGACAACAAUAAUCAUUAUAAAAAGUUCCCUCAGAUGUCAUCCUAUCAGAGGAUGCUUGUCCAUCGGGUGGCGGCUUACUUUGGGCUGGAUCACAAUGUGGAUCAAACAGGGAAAUCUGUUAUCAUCAACAAGACCAGCAACACAAGAAUACCAGAGCAAAGGUUUUGUGAACAUUUAAAAGAUGAAAAAGGUGAAGAAUCCCAGAAGCGGUUUAUCUUGAAGCGAGAUAACUCUAGUAUUGAUAAAGAAGACAAUCAGCAAAACAGAAUGCAUCCAUUUAGAGAUGACAGACGAAGUAAAUCAAUUGAAGAGAGAGAAGAGGAAUAUCAGAGAGUGAGGGAGAGAAUAUUUGCACACGAUUCAGUUUGCUCCCAGGAAAGCCUUUUUGUGGAUAACAGUAGGCUCUUGGAAGACAGUAACAUAUGCAAUGAGACCUAUAAGAAAAGACAGCUCUUUCGGGGCAACAGGGAUGGCUCGGGGAGAACAUCCGGGAGUCGACAGAGCAGCUCAGAGAAUGAGCUCAAGUGGUCGGACCACCAGAGGGCCUGGAGCAGCACAGACUCAGAUAGCUCCAACCGCAAUCUCAAGCCCACCAUGACCAAGACGGCCAGUUUUGGGGGCAUCACGGUGCUGACCCGGGGUGACAGCACAUCCAGUACCAGGAGUACCGGGAAGCUGUCCAAAGCAGGUAGCUCCGAGUCUAACAGCAGCACAGGCUCCUCGGGGUCUCUGCCCCGCACCCACGCACCCCUGCAGAGUGCGCCCCUGGCUGCGGGCGUGGCCGCUGGCUCUCCCAGCUGUGUGCCCUAUCCUGAGAGUGGAGCAGGGGGCCAGCCAGCCCCCAGCACCAGCUACAUCCUCCUUCCCCUCGAAGCUGCGACAGGCAUCCCGCCCGGAAGCAUCCUUCUCAAUCCGCACACAGGCCAGCCCUUUGUGAAUCCCGACGGAACCCCUGCAAUAUACAACCCCCCCACCAGCCAGCAGCCCCUGCGAGGGGCGAUGAUGGCGCCGUCCCAGCAACCACCGCCACAACAGCCUUCUCCUCAGCCCCAGCAGCAGGUGCAGCCACCGCAGCCUCAUAUCGCAGGCCCUCUGGUCACUCAGUCGGUGCAGGGGCUGCAAGCUUCCUCCCAGUCCGUGCAAUACCCAGCGGUCUCUUUUCCUCCCCAGCAUCUCCUGCCUGUGUCUGCAACGCAGCAGUUCCCCAUGAGAGACGACGUGACGACACAGUUCACCCAGAUGAAUCUGAGCCGGCAGUCCUCAGGAGAGACUCCGGAGCCCCCACCUGGUCCCGUCUACCCGCCGUCCCUCAUGGCACAGCCAACCCAACAGCCGAGCUACGUCAUUGCCUCUACAGGCCAGCAGCUCCCUACAGGGGGGUUCUCAGGCUCUGGACCUCCCAUCUCCCAGCAAGUCCUCCAGCCCCCUCCCUCUCCACAGGGAUUUGUUCAACAGCCUCCACCUGCUCAGAUGUCCGUGUAUUACUAUCCAUCUGGUCAGUACCCUACCUCAACCACACAGCAGUACCGGCCCCUGGCCUCCGUUCAGUACAGUGCUCAGAGGGCUCAACAGAUGUCCCAGGCAGCACAGCAAGCAGGUUACCAGCCAGUCUUGUCUGGUCAACAGGGGUUCCAAGGCCUCAUAGGAGUGCAGCAGCCGCCCCAGAGUCAGAGCGUGAUGAGCAACCAGCCAGGAGCUCCGGUGCAAAGUGUGAUGGUCUCCUACCCAGCAAUGUCUUCUUAUCAGGUGCCAAUGACCCAGGGUUCUCAAGGACUGCCCCAGCAGUCAUACCAACAGCCAAUCAUGCUACCUAACCAGGCAGGUCAAGGGUCACUCCCAGCCACUGGAAUGCCUGUUUACUGUAAUGUCACACCGCCGACCCCUCAGAACAACCUUAGGCUGAUUGGUCCACACUGCCCCUCCAGCACUGUCCCCGUGAUGUCGGCUAGCUGCAGGACAAACUGUGCAACUAUGAGCAACACCGGGUGGCAGGUCAAAUUCUGAGUGCUCUGGCUGUGGUACAUUUCUUGUGAUCCUCCUCAUGGCCUUUAAGGGAAGAGGAGCAAGGUGGGAGACUGGCUGAGGACUUAAGUAUUCACUCAACACUCAAAUAAUUGCUGCUGGUAUUCUGUAAAAAAACAAAAACAAACAGACAAACAAACAAAAAAAACAAAGACUAAUACACACAUUAGCUGGUUAAUGGUGCAUAUUUCUGUCAUGUCUGCUAGGUAUGCCUUUAUAGCUUAGCUAGUGACAUGAAUUCAUCAAGGUAAGAUUUUCUCCUACCACUGAAUACCACUGUGUAGAUUAUAAUAUCCCUAAUUUGGAUUAUUAGUUUUGUACUUUGUGUUGAGUUUGUGAUGCUAAAAGUAUUUAAAAAUUAUAUACUGAAAUCACAUUGUACCAAAGCUGUAAUGGAAAAGAAAAGAAUUGAUGAAUGGAAGGAAUAAUUUAUAUACAUUAUAGAGUUUUCUUUUUUAAUGGAUAUAUACUGUAUUGUAGUGUUUAAUCAAAAUAAAACUAUUUGACCUUAUGGAGGAAGGUCAUGUUUUUACCACCA